GCGCGCUCGCGCAGGCGGCGCGUGCCCGGCCCCCGCCCUGCGCCCUCGCGCCCUCGCGCCCCCGCGCCCUCGCGCCCUCGCACCGGGGGCGGGCUCGCUGCGCGUGCCGGGCGGGGAAGCGGCGCGAGCAGGGUUCCUGAGAACGUUCGCCGCGGGGGCGGCUCCGGGGCCUGAGCGGGCGCCGCCACCGCCUCAGCCUCGGAGGCCGGGCCGGAGGAGGCGGAGGAGGCUGCGGCCGCCGGAGACCUUUUCGACGCCCCCAGCUCCGGCCGGGAAGUGAGUACGGAUGAUUGAGGAAAGUGGGAACAAGCGGAAGACCAUGGCAGAGAAGAGGCAGCUGUUCAUAGAAAUGCGUGCUCAGAAUUUUGAUGUCAUACGACUAUCAACUUACAGAACAGCUUGCAAAUUGCGAUUUGUGCAAAAACGAUGCAACCUCCAUCUUGUUGAUAUCUGGAACAUGAUUGAAGCCUUCCGAGACAAUGGCCUUAAUACACUGGACCAUACCACUGAGAUCAGCGUGUCUCGCCUCGAGACCGUCAUCUCAUCCAUCUACUACCAGCUGAACAAGCGCCUUCCUUCUACUCACCAAAUCAGUGUGGAACAGUCCAUCAGCCUCCUCCUCAACUUUAUGAUUGCUGCAUAUGACAGUGAGGGCCGAGGCAAGUUGACGGUAUUUUCAGUUAAAGCUAUGUUAGCAACCAUGUGUGGUGGAAAAAUGCUGGACAAAUUGAGAUAUGUUUUCUCCCAGAUGUCAGAUUCCAAUGGCUUAAUGAUAUUUAGCAAGUUUGACCAGUUUCUGAAGGAAGUUCUGAAGCUCCCAACAGCUGUCUUUGAAGGGCCAUCUUUUGGUUACACAGAGCACUCAGUCCGCACCUGUUUUCCACAGCAGAAAAAGAUCAUGCUAAAUACGUUUUUAGACACCAUGAUGGCCGAUCCUCCUCCCCAGUGCCUUGUCUGGCUACCUCUCAUGCAUAGGCUUGCCCACGUUGAGAAUGUCUUCCACCCUGUGGAGUGCUCCUAUUGCCGGUGUGAGAGUAUGAUGGGUUUCCGGUACCGAUGCCAGCAGUGCCACAACUACCAGCUCUGCCAAAAUUGCUUUUGGCGUGGCCAUGCCGAUGGCCCUCACAGCAACCAGCACCAGAUGAAGGAGCAUUCCUCUUGGAAAUCCCCUGCAAAGAAGCUGAGCCAUGCAAUUAGUAAAUCCUUGGGGUGUGUACCCACCAGAGAACCUCCGCAUCCUGUUUUUCCUGAACAACCAGAGAAACCACUUGACCUUGCAAAUAUAGUUCCUCCUCGCCCUCUGACGAAUGUGAAUGACACCGUGGUGAGCCACAUGUCCUCUGGGGCGCCCACUCCCACCAAGAGGUUACAGUAUAGCCAGGAUACACCCAGUCACUUGGCUGAUGAGCAUGCGCUGAUAGCCUCCUUUGUGGCCCGUCUGCAGCACUGUGCACGUGUCCUGGACAGUCCUAGUCGACUGGACGAGGAACACCGGCUUAUAGCUCGCUAUGCUGCCCGGCUGGCUGCAGAGGCAGGAAACAUGACCCGUCCUCCCACCGACUUGAGCUUUAACUUUGAUGCCAACAAACAACAAAGACAGCUUAUUGCAGAACUGGAAAACAAAAACAGAGAGAUCCUGCAGGAGAUUCAGCGUCUCCGUCUAGAGCAUGAGCAGGCUUCCCAGCCCACCCCGGAGAAGGCCCAGCAGAACCCCACACUGCUGGCAGAGCUGCGGCUGCUGAGGCAGAGGAAAGAUGAGCUGGAGCAGAGGAUGUCAGCGCUGCAGGAGAGCAGGCGGGAACUGAUGGUCCAGCUGGAAGGGCUGAUGAAGCUGCUGAAGGAGGAAGAGCAAAAGCAGGCAGCUCAGGCCACAGGAUCGCAGCAGACGUCGCCCACUCACAGAGGCAGCCGCCCGAUGCCCAUGCCCGUGCACUCCACCUCCGCUGGCUCCACACCCACCCACUGCCCGCAGGACCCGCUGAGCGGAGUCGGCGGGGACGUGCAGGAGGCCUUCGCCCAGGGUACAAGGAGAGACCUCCGCAAUGACCUGCUGGUGGCCGCUGACUCCAUCACCAGCACCAUGUCAUCCCUGGUGAAGGAGCUCCACUCAGGUUAGCGGAGGAGCCGGGACAGAGAGGAAGCGCGGGCACAGGGGACGUGGAGUGAGCUGGCACCGACAGGAGGAAGGCGAGGUGUUCCCCCAGAGGUGCAUUCCUGUCCAUCUCUCCGCUGCUCGCCUGGAUCAGGCUUGCAGGCUGCCAGACGUCACCACCCGCUGGGGCGAGGGGAGCCCAGACGGUGGGAAGUGGGAGGGACGGCUGGUGCUGCCUCGGACACACCCCCGCACCUCGCCCAGUCCUGCAGGAACUGGCAUCUUCAUCACUCCCCUCGGGGCAUGGUCUCAUCUCUGCAACAGGAAUUUACUGGAGGUUGAAAAGGGAAAAGAAACAGCAC